CAUUCCAUGAUGUGAUAAUGAGAGAGAGAAUUCCAAUUUUCAAGUAUACUGUUUUAAUCGUUUUUGUUUCACAGUGACACUGAAACUUGAUUGACACAACUGGAUAUUUAUGAAGACGACCUAGAGCACUGGUGUGGUAAUUCCUAGAGACUGUGAACCAAAGAAAAAACUUGACUGAUUCUUACAAAAUGAGUGAAAAGGAAGGAGAUGUCAAUGAUAAAAUUUUGUUGGAGCCCUAUAACUAUAUAUGCCAGAUACCAGGGAAAAAAGUCAGGGCAAAGCUAGCUGCAGCAUUCAACUGCUGGCUGAAUAUUCCUGAGGAGAAACUGAAAUUAAUUGGAGAAGUCACUCAGAUGCUGCAUAAUGCCAGUCUAUUAAUUGAUGAUAUUGAAGAUAACUCUAACUUAAGAAGAGGAAUUCCAGUGGCUCACAAUAUAUAUGGAGUUCCACAAACCAUAAACUCAGCUAAUUAUGUAUAUUUUCUGGGAUUAGAAAAAGUUCUACAGUUAGACCAUCCAGACAGCACAAAAGUAUUUACAGCCCAGCUCCUGGAGUUACACAGGGGACAAGGUAUGGAUAUUUACUGGAGGGAUGCUGUGGUGUGUCCUACAGAGGAGGAGUACAAGGCCAUGGUCAUCAAAAAGACAGGAGGACUGUUUGGUUUAGCCGUGGGGCUGAUGCAGCUCUUUAGUGAAUGUAAAAAAGAUUUUGUUCCUUUAUUAAAUGCCUUAGGAUUGUAUUUCCAAAUUAGAGAUGACUAUGCUAAUCUGUACUCCAAAGAGUAUGAAGCAAACAAGAGCUACUGUGAGGACCUGACAGAGGGGAAAUUUUCUUUUCCUAUAAUCCAUGCCAUAAGGAGCAGCAAGGAAGAUAACCAGGUUAUUAAUAUACUAAGACAGCGGACGACUGAUAAUGAUGUGAAGAAAUACUGUGUAGAAUGUCUACAUAAACUAGGAUCAUUUGAUUAUACAAAGGAAACCUUAAUUGAAUUAGAAAACAGAAUUUUGGAGCUGAUUAAAGAACAUGGUGGUAAUCCUAUUUUAACUGCAUUAAUUAAUGAACUCAAGAAAGUUUACAGAGAAACUCAAUAACAACAAGACUUUAACUAAUAGUAUUUGCAAUCUCACUGCCAACUCUCAACUCUCAUGCUCAUCAUGAAUGGACCAAUGUGAUAAAACAGAACAUGGACAGUUCAAUAUGACCAUUUUCAUUGAUAUUCAUUUUGCUGAAUAAAAUAUGCAAAGAA